AUGUCUUCUUACAGCUUCUCCAUUGAGAAUGUCAGGUCACAAUUCCCGGCACUGGCGAAACCCCAGAUCUUCGGGGACAACGCUGGUGGUAGCCAGGUUCUUGGAACUGUCGCAAAAAGGCAGCUAAGCCCCAUCACUGAGUAUCUCAUCGAGACUAAUGUUCAGCUCGGCGCGAGUUACAAGACUUCAACGCAAUCAACCGCCAUUUUUGACAAUGCGUACAAGGCUGCUGCCAAAUACAUCAAUGCCGGGAUUGAUGAGAUAGUGAUCGGUCCUUCGACAACACAGGUCUUUCGCAACCUCGCUGCCGCUCUCAAAUUACAACCUGGAGACGAAGUGAUUCUCACCAACGUAGACCACGAGUCCAACAUUGACCCGUGGCUUCACUAUGCCGCCCUCAACAACGCUACAGUCAAGUGGUGGACACCGUCUGAUGUCAAAAACCCCAAGCUAGAUCCAGACCAAUUACGAAGCCUCUUGACCAACAAGACACGCCUAGUUGCCUGCACACAUUGCAGUAAUAUCCUCGGUACCAUCAAUGACAUUAAAGCUAUAGCAGAUGUUGUGCAUGAAAUCCCCGGUGCAUUAUUGGCAGUUGACGGCGUCGCUUAUGCCCCUCAUAGGGCAAUCGAUGUAAAGGAACUUGGAGCGGACUUUUACGCCUUUUCUUGGUACAAGGUCUAUGGCCCGCACAUCUCCCUACUGUAUGGCUCAAAGGCAGCCCAGGCUCAGAUAUCGUCAUUGGGUCACUUCUUCAAUCCGGAUGGUAGCUUGAUGGAUAAGCUUGAGUUGGCAGCAGCUAGCUACGAGCUGACGCAGGCUAUCAUACCCCUCACAGCGUACUUUGGUGAGAGUCCCAAGCAGACGUGGGAAGCCAUUGCAGAGCAUGAGCAGAAACUACAGACCCGACUUAUCGAGUACCUUGUAUCAAGGCCGCAAAUCACGGUGUACGGUGAGAUAUCUACCGAUAAGGCGGUUCGUGUGCCUACGGUAAGCUUCACUGUUGAGGGGAUGUCGUCGCAGAGCGUGGUAGACUCUGUGGAAGCAGUCUCGCAUGUUGGCAUCCGAUGGGGUCAUUUCUUUUCCAAGAGACUCGUAGGGAGCAUUCUUGGUCUCAGCGAUGACGGCGUUGUGCGAGUGAGCUUGGUUCACUAUAAUACAGUGGAGGAAGUUGAUCAGAUUAUCGUCGCGUUGGAGAUGGUUCUGUAA